CAGUAGGCUACGCCAAGUUGGUUAAGUAACGCAUGUCAGGCUUUCCAACAUUACACGGUGUGGUUACACGAUAACGUGGGCCACUGUAAAUUAUCUGCGCUCAGCCCACGCUUAAUGCCGUGACACUAAGUAAAUUGGAGUAGAGUACUGUUGACAUGGUAUGAAUCAACAAAAUGUUACCAUAUUUUCAAGUGACUUCAGAGUCAACCAUAUGGCAAAGAGGAGGAGUUUGCCCGUCAAUCUGCGUUCUGAGUAAGGACAUGGUCAAUAUUUUCGAACGAUACCGUACUUAAGAGAGUGGACUGAAAACUAAAUCAUGGCCCGAUCUAAAGCAAGAAUAUACACGUGUAUAGCGUUAACUCUGCUGAGCACGAUUGGGAUAAUUAUCGUAUGCACUAGAUUCAUCCGGCAAGACUGUCCCAAAGGGCUCUUUAAAAGCGCAGCGGUUGCCGCAGAUUCCGAAACGUGCUCAAAGGUCGGACGUGACAUCUUGCAGAGAGGAGGAUCUGCAGUAGAUGGAGCCAUUGCUGCGUUACUUUGCACCUCAGUUGUCAACCCACAGAGUAUGGGCAUUGGUGGGGGCUCCAUAUUCACGGUCAUGGACAGUAGUGGCAAGGUUAAAAUAAUAAAUUCAAGAGAGUCUGUCCCUCAAGAGUUUAAUCCAGAUCUACUGAGUAGAUGUACACAGAUCAACCAAGAUGUGACAGGCAGCCAAUGGAUUGGUGUCCCUGGAGAGAUCCGUGGAUAUGAGCAGGCCCACAGGCUUUUUGGGAAACUUCCUUGGGCCAGCCUCUUCAAUCCCACCAUCAAGUUGGCCAGAGAGGGUAUCCCUGUACCUGAGAUCCUGAGUCGCUUUUUCCAAGUGUUAAACAAGAGUGAGACCCUACCUAUACGUAAGUUGUUUCUAGGUAAAGAUGGAAAACUGCUGAAGGUUGGAGAUGUUAUGAAGUUUGAGAAGUUAGCUGACACAUUGGAGAUCAUUGCAAACCACGGGGCUGAUGCUUUUUACACUGGAAAGGUAGCAGAGGAUUUAAUCAACGACAUUAAAGAAGCAGGUGGAAAACUCAACAUGAAGGACCUGGAAUCAUUUAAAGUGAAAGUGACUGAUGCAUGGACCAUUCCUCUAGGAGAGUACCAGAUGCACUUUCCACCACCUCCAUCAGGAGGUCCCAUCCUCGCUUUCAUUCUUAACAUCAUGAAAGAAUAUUCCCUUAACUCAGCUUCUCUGAUGGGGGAGCAAAAGACUCUCACCUAUCAACGCUACAUUGAGGCUUGUAAGUUUUCGAACGGACUAAGAAAAUACAUCCGUGAUCCACAUUUCAACUCAGAAGCAGGAGCUCUUAAGGUUAUUGAACAGCAGUUUGCUGAUCACUUCAGGGCCAUGAUCAGCAGUGAUAAGACCCAUGAUGCUCAGUACUACAACAUCACUCCAUACCUGGACACCAUGGGCACCACACACGUGUCUGUUCUGGCUGAGGAUGGAUCUGCCGUCACUGUUACCAGCACUAUCAAUCACAUGUUUGGAUCAAGAGUUUUCUCCCCUAAAACAGGUGUCAUCCUUAACAAUGAGUUGUCCGAUUUCUGUGGGAAAGCAGAACACAUUGUUACAGGUGAGCAGCCUCCCUCCUCCAUGUCUCCCAUUGUCCUGCGGUCCAAGUACAAGACUUUGGUAAUGGGUGCAUCGGGUGGCAGUAUGAUUACUACAGGGAUCGCUUUGACCCUUGUGAAUCACCUAUGGUUUGGGAAGAGUCUGGAGGACGCCAUCUCUGCGCCUGUUGUGUAUGUGGAUCCUAAGAACAUACUGAAGUUUGAACCUAACUUUGACCAGACCGUGGUGAAGGAUCUGAAGGCUCUAGGACACAGAGUGGAAGUUCCAUUGUACUUUUACAACGUGGUCAACGCUGUGGAGAAGGACAACAGUUGCAUACGGGCCGUUUCCGAUGCCAGAAAGAUGGGCAAGGCGGCUGGGUAUUAAUCUGCCAAAUGCUUGGUCACUGACAAUGGAUAUGGACAGUCUUCCAACGUUCAACAUAGAGUAAUAUAGCAACAACAGGGCUCUGAUAAUGCCGAAAACAUAUGAGAGUACAGGCAGGAUGUUUCUCGUCCCAACUUAGCAAUCCUACCAGUGUCUGUAUUUAAAAUAUUUAUGCCAUGCUUACCCAUUUUCAAUGAUGUGCUUUUAAAAGCUUUAUUACAAAAUGUGUGUUUAUUUUACCUAUGUUUUUUGAGUUACUGACAUUUUCAUAUAUUUAGUGGCCACUAGUUACCUUGUGAAAAAAUGCACUGACUCUUUUAUAAAUACCAAUGGUGGCAUAUUGGCAUAUCAGUUUUUUAUGGGACUUGUGUUAUCAGUUUUUUAUGGGACUUGUGUUAGCUGGUAUAUAUCAUGAUAUAAAUGACUGAGAAAUGUUGAAGUAAAUACUAAACUACUUAAUAUCAAGUGUCACAUUAUGAGAGCGUCCUAGUGUUGAAGCCCCACCAGAACAGAACCUCUUGCCUGACUGGAGAUGCAAAGGGAAGAGCUGCUCUGGAUAAGGAAGUGAAUCAUUGCAGCUACAAUGCUCUUUUUUGGGAUCAAUGUUUAUUAAAAAAUUGUUUUUAUGUUGUUCUGUGUGCUUGAAGGGUGCUGUUGAGAUUAAAUAGGUUCAAUACUAUACUCAAUGCAAUAUACUGUAACAGAAUUGUUUUGAAUAAAUGUCUUUAUAUGAUUAUCAUUGAAAGUUAAAAACCAAUUGAUGGCAUUGCUUGAAGAUUAAAGAUGCAGUCCAAACCUUA